AACGUCAGUUGCUCAGUUGCUUUUUUCAUUUUUUCUUGUGAUUGCACAGUUUGCGGAUUACGGUUUUUUUUUUUUCUCAUAUAAAUUUCAAUCUUAGAAAAAGUAAAAAAUUAAUUACAUUAAUGAACAACAAUAUUGCAGAAUAAUAACAAUUGUUUUUUUUUAAGCAAUAAUAAAAAAAAUACGUCGCGCUUAUUAUAAACACGUCAUGAGAAGCUUAAUAACGUUUUAAUAAAAAAAAAUUGUAUAUAUACAUAUAUAUAUAUAUAUAUAUAGGAACAAAGGAAAACAACUACAACAUCUAAUUGCCUUUAUUGAUUAAUUUAUUCCCUUUUAAAGCAAAAAAAAAAGUUAUACAUCUAUAGAGUACGCAAAGUUGAACAUAGAAAAAAUCUGGUGAAAAUAUAAAAUUAUCCAAUAUUGAACAAAAAUCCAUUUUUUUUUGCAAAACUACAUAAAUUUCUUUAGACGAAAUUUUUUCUUAUUAUGGAAUUUGAGAAUACGUCAUUAUUGGCCGAGUCUGCUGGCUUAGAUGUAUCUACGGAAAAAGGUCACAAACUAAAUUAUAGUUCAUCAUCGUCGUUAAAAUCAAAAUCUACCACCGCCAAAAUUAUGUCAACAUUAUCAUCAACCCUAAAAAAACAAGAGCAAAAGCGCUUAGAUACCGAACUUAAAUCAAGAGUGAAACCUCAUCAUCAAAAACAGCCAAUGUCUGCUGCUGAGCGUUCGGCAACUAAAAAAUCUUUAGUCAUUUUGGCUGCCAUUUUUAUUACAUCGUUAGCGGCCAUGUGCUAUGUUUACAUGAUAUGCCCCGAAUUAAAUGAAUCGGAAAAGCAGCAUAUGAAAAUACCACGUGAUAUACAAGAUGCCAAAAUGUUGGCUAAAGUAUUGGAUCGUUACAAGGAUAUGUACUACUUCGAAGUGAUGUUUGGCGUAGUGGUCGCUUACAUAUUCUUGCAGACAUUUGCCAUUCCAGGAUCAUUAUUUCUUUCCAUUUUAUUAGGUUUCUUAUAUCGUUUCCCGAUAGCGCUUUUUCUUAUUUGCUUUUGCUCGGCAUUGGGUGCGACGUUAUGCUAUUGUUUAUCCAAUUUGGUUGGCAGACGUUUGAUAAGGCAUUUUUGGCCAAAAAAAAUCAGCGAAUGGUCUAAACAUGUGGAAAAACAUCGCGACAGCCUGUUCAACUAUAUGCUAUUUUUGCGUAUGACACCGAUUCUACCCAAUUGGUUUAUUAAUUUAGCAGCUCCGGUUAUUGGUGUACCAUUGUAUACAUUUACAUUGGGCACGUUCUGUGGCGUUGCACCGCCCUCAGUGAUUGCUAUACAAGCGGGUAAAACAUUACAAAAGAUGAGCAGUUCCAGCGAUGCAUUCUCUUGGACUUCAAUGGGUGUAUUAACAAUGUGCGCUUGUCUGUCAUUGGUGCCGGGAUUAUUAAAGAAUAAACUGAAAAAGAAAAUACAAUAAAUUUUGUGAAGCGAACAAGCUUGAUUGAUAUUCACGUAAACGUAUACUACGAAAUUGAAAUUCUUUAGUAAAUUUACAUUUUGGAUUUUAUCUUUCUUCUAAACAUACAUACAUAAAUAACUAACUAACUGUAUUCCAUUAAGAUUUAAUGCAUACAAAUUUACGUAUUAUACAAAUAUGCGCACAUGUGCGCGUAGCGUGUAUUUUGAAAACUUUUUAUAAUCGUCUCAUCUUUUUAAAAAAAAAAA